AUGAAGGGGUGCACCUGGGUAUUUGUGGCAACUUUACUUUGUCAGCAGUUUUGCCUCUUCAGAGUUACGGCAGCAAAGAGAGAGAGAAAGGUGAAGAAGGAACCUAACCAGUAUACAGAGCCUUUCAAUGCUACCCUCUCAAACAGCGAAGAGCUCCACGGGCAUCCCAAGAUCCUAGAAUCUCCAGAUCCUCGAAUCACAGAUCCACGGCGGACCUGGAUCUCCUUUGUUCACCGCCCAGACGAUGGCAAUACCUCUAAAAGGAGAUGCAAAGGGAAAGACAAGAAAUUACGUGGCCUUGUUGGGCCUCCAGGACCUCCUGGUCCCCAGGGACCUCCAGGAGCACCUGGUGCUGAAGUCACCCGGGAAGUCCUUUUGCAGGAGUUUAAGGAGAUAUUAAAAGAAGCCAUUGAGCGUCGAGCAUCCCUGGCUAUUUCGGCCCAUCCUAGCCAGCUGCCUCCGCUCCUGCUCUCCUUGGAGGAAGCUUCGCCCCACAGACGUGUGGAGGAGGCGUUCCAUUGCAAGCUAAAAGGACAAGUCAUUGUCGAUAAGAAGACCCUGGUAGAACUUCAGAACUUCCAGUCGCCUCUGGCCAAAGGAGCUUUUCUCCGGGGGACAGGAUUAAAUCUGGCAACAGGACGUUUCACAGCACCCGUGUCUGGCAUCUACCAGUUCUCAGCCAACAUCCACAUUG